CCCUGUGGGUUGCACACGGCUGCCUGGAGGCUGGAGUCCUCCGGUCACUCCGGGACCCUCCCACCGUGUCCCCUGGGCAACUGUCUCCAGGGAGACGGAGCCCGCCCCUGCCACCGACACCUGACACCUAAGGAGCGGAGAGCCAGGCAGAAGUGGGAUGAAGUUCACUGAUGGCAAAGCACCAUUAAUCUCCCAAGCAGAGGGGCCUUGGCUUGUCGUCUUUCUUGGCCCAUCUGAAACAGGAGAAGGGGCCCCAGAGAAGUAACGCAGCAGGAUGCCCCCUGGGGUGGACUGCCCCAUGGAGUUCUGGACCAAAGAGGAGAGCCAGAGCGUGGCUGUUGACUUCCUGCUGCCCACGGGGGUCUACCUGAACUUCCAGGUGUCCCGCAAUGCCAACCUCAGCACCAUCAAACAGGUGCUGUGGCACCGUGCCCAGUACGAGCCGCUCUUCCACAUGCUCAGUGACCCCGAGGCAUACGUGUUCACCUGCGUGAACCAGACAGCGGAGCAGCAGGAGUUGGAGGAUGAGCAGCGGAGGCUGUGUGACAUCCAGCCCUUCCUGCCCGUGCUGCGCCUGGUGGCCCGAGAGGGUGACCGCGUGAAGAAGCUGGUCAACUCUCAGAUCAGCCUCCUCAUCGGCAAAGGUCUCCACGAGUUUGAUUCCCUGCGGGACCCGGAAGUGAAUGACUUCCGCACUAAGAUGCGCCAGUUCUGUGAAGAGGCCGCGGCUCACCGCCAGCAGCUGGGCUGGGAGGAAUGGCUGCAGUAUAGCUUCCCCCUGCAGCUGGAGCCCUCAGCGAGGAGCUGGCGGGCGGGCAUGCUGCGUGUCGCCAACCGAGCGCUGCUGGUUAACGUGAAAUUCGAGGGUAGUGAGGACAGCUUCACCUUGCAGGUAUCCACCCAGGACAUGCCCCUGGCGCUGAUGGCCUGUGCCCUCCGGAAGAAGGCCACAGUGUUCCGGCAGCCUCUGGUGGACCAGCCCGAGGACUACGCCCUGCAGGUGAACGGGAGGCACGAGUACCUCUAUGGCAGCUACCCGCUCUGCCAGUUUCAGUACAUCUGCAGCUGCCUGCACAGUGGACUAACCCCCCACCUGACCAUGGUCCACUCCUCCUCUAUCCUUGCCAUGCGGGAUGAGCAGAGCAACCCUGCCCCCCAAGUCCAGAAACCACGCGCCAAACCUCCCCCCAUCCCUGCUAAGAAGCCCUCCUCUGUGUCCCUGUGGUCCCUGGAGCAGCCGUUCUCCAUUGAGCUGAUCCAGGGCAGCAAAGUGAAUGCAGAUGAGCGGAUGAAGCUGGUUGUGCAGGCCGGGCUCUUCCAUGGCAACGAGAUGCUGUGUAAGACGGUAUCCAGCUCCGAGGUGAGCGUGAGCUCAGAGCCCGUGUGGAAGCAGCGACUUGAGUUCGACAUCAGCAUCUGUGACCUGCCGCGCAUGGCCCGCCUCUGCUUUGCCCUCUAUGCCGUCGUGGAGAAGGCUAAGAAGAAGUCCACCAAGAAAAAGUCCAAGAAGGCGGACUGCCCCAUUGCCUGGGUCAACCUCAUGCUAUUCGACUACAAAGACCAGCUCAAGACCGGGGAGCGCCGCCUCUACAUGUGGCCCUCUGUCCCAGAUGACAAAGGAGAGCUGCUGAAUCCUGCGGGCACCGUGCGCAGUAACCCCAACACGGAGAGCGCUGCUGCCCUGGUCAUCUUCCUGCCUGAGGUGGCCGCCCAUCCUGUCUACUUCCCUGCCCUGGAGAAGAUCCUGGAGCUGGGGCGUCACGGGGAGCGCGGGCGCAUCACGGAGGAGGAGCAGCUGCAGCUGCGGGAGAUCCUGGAGAAGCGGGGGUCUGGGGAGCUGUACGAACACGAGAAGGACCUGAUGUGGAAGAUGCGCCAUGAGGUCCAGGAGCACUUCCCAGAGGCGCUGGCCCGCCUGCUGCUGGUCACCAAGUGGAAUAAACAUGAGGAUGUGGCCCAGAUGCUCUAUUUGCUGUGCUCCUGGCCCGAGCUGCCUGUGCUGAGCGCCCUAGAGCUGCUGGACUUCAGCUUCCCCGACUCCUACGUGGGCUCCUUCGCCAUCAAGUCCCUGCGGAAGCUGACGGAUGGCGAGCUUCUCCAGUACCUCCUGCAGCUGGUGCAAGUGCUCAAAUACGAGUCCUACCUGGACUGCGAGUUGACCAAAUUCUUGCUGGACCGAGCCCUGGCCAACCGCAAGAUCGGCCACUUCCUCUUCUGGCACCUUCGCUCUGAGAUGCAUGUACCAUCAGUGGCCCUGCGCUUUGGCCUCAUCAUGGAAGCCUACUGCAGAGGCAGCACUCACCACAUGAAGGUGCUGAUGAAGCAGGGGGAAGCACUGAGCAAGCUUAAGGCGCUGAAUGACUUCGUGAAGGUGAGCUCUCAGAAGACCACCAAGCCCCAGACCAAGGAGCUGAUGCACAUAUGCAUGCGGCAGGAGACCUACAUGGAGGCCCUGUCCCAUCUGCAGUCUCCGCUUGACCCCAGCACCCUGCUGGAGGAAGUCUGUGUGGAGCAGUGCACCUUCAUGGACUCCAAGAUGAAGCCGCUGUGGAUCAUGUACAGCAGCGAGGAGGCGGGCAGCGCUGGCAGCGUGGGCAUCAUCUUUAAGAACGGGGAUGACCUUCGCCAGGAUAUGCUGACCCUGCAGAUGAUCCAGCUCAUGGACGUCCUGUGGAAGCAGGAGGGCCUGGACCUGAGGAUGACCCCCUAUGGCUGCCUCCCCACCGGAGACCGCACGGGCCUCAUCGAGGUGGUGCUUCACUCGGACACCAUUGCCAACAUCCAGCUGAACAAGAGCAACAUGGCAGCCACGGCCGCCUUCAACAAGGAUGCCCUGCUCAACUGGCUCAGAUCUAAGAACCCUGGGGAGGCCCUGGAUCGGGCCAUCGAGGAAUUCACCCUCUCUUGUGCUGGCUACUGUGUGGCCACGUACGUGCUGGGCAUUGGCGACCGACACAGCGACAACAUCAUGAUUCGAGAGAGUGGGCAGCUGUUCCACAUUGAUUUCGGCCACUUUCUGGGGAACUUCAAGACCAAGUUUGGGAUCAACCGUGAGCGCGUCCCCUUCAUUCUCACGUAUGACUUUGUCCACGUGAUCCAGCAGGGGAAGACUAACAACAGUGAGAAGUUUGAAAGGUUCCGUGGCUACUGUGAACGAGCCUACACCAUCCUGCGGCGCCAUGGGCUGCUCUUCCUCCAUCUCUUUGCCCUGAUGCGUGCUGCAGGUCUGCCUGAGCUUAGCUGCUCCAAAGAUAUCCAGUAUCUCAAGGACUCUCUGGCGCUAGGGAAGACGGAGGAAGAAGCGCUAAAGCACUUCCGGGUGAAGUUCAACGAAGCUCUGCGGGAAAGCUGGAAAACCAAAGUCAACUGGCUGGCACACAAUGUGUCCAAGGACAACAGGCAGUAAGGGGCCCUCCGGCCGCCGCACGGUAGUUCCCUCCGGCUCUCAGCCCUAGAGGUAAACUGUCGGUGCUGGGGACCAGGCACACCCGGGGGUCAAAGGGGCCCCAAAGCCUGCCCUGUUCCUCAUAGGGAAGAACCACACAACCGUCUCUUGUUUACACUCGCUAUUUAUUUAUGACUCAAAAUGUUUAAGGAACAGAACAGCCAUAGCAGAAAUGCAUCUUGGUGCCGGGGAAGGAGACGCUGUCCUCGAGACACCCCCACCCCAAGUCCGCACUGUAAGCAGCACCUUGAGGAUUGUAACCCAGUCUUCCAACUUGUGGCUCUUGGCCCAGCGAAGACAGCUCUUGGGGCUUUCUUCCCAGGCUCCUAGAGGGCUGCCUGGAUCAAGGCUGGCAGUCACCUGGUGCCUCCCACCCAGACAGGCCACCUCGGUCCUCAGCUCACCUCCGCCGCCUUGGGUGGCCCGCCCUGGCGACCUCCACCAACCAAGCCUCCGGCAGCUCCUGAGGAAGCCAGGGCACCGUCCAGACUCAGGCACACUUGUUCUGCAGUGCUCAAGUGACCUCUUGGGUAUGGGCCACCCUCACCUUUUGUUUGCGGGUAAGAAAGCGUGAUAGCCAAAUGAUGCAGAGAACCUCUAAGGCUGGGGUGAAGCACUUGGCCUCCACUACCAACAGCCCGUGCCAGACCUUGAAACACUCAAGACUGGUGCCUGACUUAGCUCAGUGCGGUCACGAAUGAAGACAAAGGCCAGGCAGAAGGGCGUGCUCUGCGUGGGAUGUGAGCCACACAUGAAGGCGGAGUUAGGAAAGGACGGGACCCAUCUCUCCCAGAGCUGCCUUUCGGGGAGCCAGGUUCUGAGGUAUGAGCAAGGGCGAGGCUAAAUUCAAAGUGGUCCUGGCAUUCAGAGCGACUCUAGAAGUGCAGGUCUGAGCCUCCUCCUAGGCCUCCAAACCCAUGGUGGUGGAGCCAGGCACUGACCUGUGGAGCCCACUGACCCAGGGGCACAGCUCGGCGCCACGGCACGUACUCAACAUGCCGCCCUGAGCACGUCUUGAUGUGUAUCGGUAGCGUUCUGCAGAGCCAUCACCUCCGUGUCACCCAGAACAUGGCUCAAGGAGCCUAGGUGCCAGCUUCCUCAUGAGGGUGAUGAGCUGAGGCUCCAGCAGCGCCCACUGAGCCUUUAGUCUUCCCAAUCAACUCUGGAAUAGGAAAUCUGUGUCUGUGUGUGUCUGUGUGCCAUGUUAUUUAUUGAAAAGAGUCUAGCUGUGUCCCCUCCUGUGGUGCAGAUCCUGCUCACGCCCAGCACUCUGGAGUUGGGUGCACGGUCUGUGUACCUGGCCGGAAGAGUAUUUUCUAUUUUUUUAAAUCAUUUCAUGUUUCUUUGAGGGGAAGGUGGACUUCCUUUCACCGAUGUGGCUGAGACCAGUUUGUAACCUUGAUGUGACAGGUAAAGACAGGUUUAAAGAAAUAAAAACCUUUUUAUGUUCUUACA